AUGAGCCUCAGCGAGGAGCAGGUGCAGACGUUCCUGGACCAGAACCCUGGCUUCGCGGACCAGUACUUUGGAAAGAAGCUGAGCCCUGAGGAUGUGGCCAGCGUCUGCGAGGACGGGUGCCCGGCGGGCUGCACCAGUUUCCAAGAGCUGUGCCAGGUGGAGGAGAGCAUGGCCCUAUUCGAGCUGGUGCAGGACAUGCAGGAGAGCGUGAACAUGGAGCGGGUGGUCUUCAAGAUCCUGCGGCGUCUCUGCUCCCUCCUGCAUGCCGACCGCUGCAGCCUUUUCAUGUACCGCCAGCGCAACGGCAUGGCCGAGCUCGCCACACGCCUCUUCAGCGUGCAGCCUGGCAGCGCCCUGGAGGACUGCCUGGUGCCUCCUGACUCAGAGAUUGUCUUCCCGCUGGACAUUGGGGUCGUGGGCCACGUGGCUCAGACCAAGAAGAUGGUGAAUGUCAAGGAUGUGACGGAGUGUCCCCACUUCAGCUCCUUUGCUGAUGAGCUGACCGACUAUGUGACAAGGAACAUCCUGGCCACGCCCAUCAUGAACGGCAAAGAUGUUGUCGCUGUGAUCAUGGCUGUGAACAAGCUGGACGGCCCGUGUUUCACAAGUGAAGAUGAAGACGUUUUCCUGAAGUAUCUGAACUUCGGGACGUUAAACCUGAAGAUCUACCACUUGAGCUACCUGCACAACUGCGAGACACGCCGAGGCCAGGUGCUGCUGUGGUCAGCCAACAAGGUGUUUGAGGAGCUUACGGACAUCGAGAGGCAGUUCCACAAGGCCUUCUACACUGUGCGGGCCUAUCUGAACUGUGACCGAUACUCAGUGGGCCUCCUGGACAUGACCAAGGAGAAGGAAUUCUUUGACGUGUGGCCUGUGCUGAUGGGGGAAGCCCAGCCGUACUCAGGUCCACGCACACCUGACGGCCGUGAAAUUGUCUUCUACAAAGUCAUCGACUACAUCCUCCAUGGCAAGGAAGACAUCAAGGUCAUCCCCUCACCCCCUGCCGAUCACUGGGCCCUUGCCAGUGGCCUUCCAACCUACGUGGCAGAAAGUGGCUUUAUCUGUAACAUUAUGAAUACCCGGGCUGAUGAAAUGUUCAAAUUUCAGGAAGGGCCUCUGGACGACUCUGGGUGGGUCAUCAAGAACGUCCUCUCCAUGCCCAUCGUCAACAAGAAGGAGGAGAUUGUGGGGGUUGCAACGUUUUACAACAGGAAAGACGGGAAGCCCUUCGAUGAGCAGGAUGAAGUCCUGAUGGAGUCUCUCACGCAGUUCCUGGGCUGGUCGGUGCUGAACACCGACACCUACGACAAGAUGAACAAGCUGGAGAACCGCAAGGACAUCGCCCAGGACAUGGUUCUGUACCACGUGAGAUGCGACAAGGACGAAAUCCAGUUGAUCCUGCCAACAAGAGAGCGCCUCGGGAAGGAGCCCGACGAAUGCGAGGAGGACGAACUGGCGAAAAUCUUGAAGCAAGAGCUGCCGGGCCCCACCAAGUUUGAUAUCUAUGAGUUCCACUUCUCUGAUCUGGAGUGCACGGAGCUGGAGCUGGUCAAAUGCGGCAUCCAGAUGUACUACGAGCUGGGAGUGGUUCGAAAGUUCCAGAUCCCCCAGGAGGUCUUGGUGCGGUUCCUGUUCUCCGUGAGCAAGGGGUACCGGAGAAUCACCUACCACAACUGGCGCCACGGCUUCAACGUGGCCCAGACGAUGUUCACGCUUCUCAUGACGGGCAAACUGAAGAGCUACUACACGGACCUGGAGGCCUUCGCAAUGGUGACCGCUGGCCUGUGCCACGACAUCGACCACCGGGGCACCAACAACCUGUACCAGAUGAAAUCCCAGAACCCUUUAGCCAAGCUCCAUGGCUCCUCGAUUUUGGAACGACACCACCUGGAGUUCGGGAAGUUCCUGCUCUCUGAGGAGACUCUGAACAUCUAUCAGAACCUGAACCGGCGGCAGCACGAGCAUGUGAUCCACCUCAUGGACAUCGCCAUCAUCGCCACAGACCUGGCGCUCUACUUCAAGAAGAGGACGAUGUUCCAGAAGAUUGUGGAUGAGUCCCAGAACUACGAGGACAGGAAGAGCUGGGUGGAGUACCUCUCCCUGGAGACGACACGGAAGGAGAUAGUCAUGGCCAUGAUGAUGACGGCGUGUGACCUGUCUGCCAUCACCAAGCCCUGGGAAGUCCAGAGCAAGGUCGCUCUGCUGGUGGCAGCUGAGUUCUGGGAACAAGGGGACCUGGAGAGGACGGUUCUGGAUCAGCAGCCCAUCCCGAUGAUGGACCGGAACAAGGCAGCCGAGCUCCCCAAACUGCAGGUCGGCUUCAUUGACUUUGUGUGCACGUUCGUGUACAAGGAGUUCUCCCGCUUCCACGAGGAGAUCCUGCCCAUGUUCGACCGGCUGCAGAACAACAGGAAGGAGUGGAAGACCCUGGCCGACGAGCACGAGGAGAAGGUGAAGGCCCUGGAGGAGCAGAGGAAGGAGGCGGAGAGGACGGCGGCCAAGAAAGCGGGCACAGAAAUUUGCAACGGCGGCCCUGCACCCCAGUCUUCCACCUGCUGCAUCCUGUGA